ACAAAUAAACCAAAGACUGUGCUUACCUUGUCUGGUAAAUACUUUCAAACAUUGUCUCUGACAGCAGAGAGCAAUGUCGACACUCUCUUUUGAGUCCCUUUGCUUAAAGGAUGAUGAUUGUUCUUCCUCACCCCAAGACACUGAGGAUGAAUUUGACACAGACUUGGAGUCAGAUGAAAAAGAGGAGAGCAACAAGGUGAUGUCUAUAUCUGAGCUGUACCUUCAGGCCUGCAGGCUGGUGGGUGUGGUGCCAGUCUCAUACUUUAUACGAAACCUCGACUCUACAACCAUGGCCCUCAGCCACCAUGGGCUAGGACCCCUGGGUUGCAAGGCGCUUGCUAUUGCUUUAGUGUCUGAUAUGCACAUCAAUACUCUGGAACUGGCAGACAAUCACAUUGAGGCUGAGGGAACCAAAUACCUUGGAGAGAUGCUGAGGGCUAAUUUCACCAUUCAACACCUGGAUCUGUCCAACAACUAUCUGCAGUCUGCAGGAGCUGAAUGUGUGGCCAAGAUCUUGCUGGACAACAUUUCAUUAAAAUGUAUUAAACUUUCAGGAAAUGGAUUUACUGAUGAUGAUGCUAAAUAUUUUGCAGGUGCCUUGUCUAGCAAUUCCAGAAUAAAGGAAGUAGACCUGAGCCAUAAUGAGUUUUGUGGAAAAGGAGGGGAAUAUUUGGGACAACUGCUGGCAAACAAUGAGAGUGUUGAGGUGCUGGAUCUUAGCUGGAAUCAUAUUAGAAUGAAAGGGGCUGUGGCAUUUUGUGCUGGUCUCAAGGUAAAUAUGAUGUUGAAACACCUCGACUUAUCGUGGAAUGGUUUUGGGAAUGAGGGUGCCCUGGCCAUGGGAGAGGCCUUAAAAUUCAAUAAUACUCUGGUACACCUCAACCUCAACAACAACCGCCUCACCAAUGAAGGCGUUGGCAUGCUGUGCAGGGGUCUGGAGUUCAAUGACACACUCCGAGUCCUACUGCUGGCUUACAACUCUUUAACAGUAGAGGGAGCACUGGCCCUGGUUAAUGUGGUGAAGAACACAUCAAAAACUGCCUUGGAGGAGAUCAACAUAUGCAAUGUGCUGGUAAAUGAGAACUUUGUGCAUCUGCUGGAAGUAACAUGUCAGGAGCAUCCUGGUCUAGAUGUACAGUAUGGAGGAGUUGGAGGCUUCAUAGCUAAGAAACCACUAAAACGUGUUGAUCCCAUGAAAGUCAUCCAGGACUAUUUGGACCAGCGAAAACUACGUCUGUGGGAUUUCUUUCGGAACAUUGACAAAGAUGGCACUAUGCGAGUCCCUGUUGCUGACUUCAGGAAGGCUGUGCAGCAAUCGAGUAUUCCUUUGGACCGUUACCAGAUUGAGGAGCUCAUUCAGAGACUUGAUCGUGACAGGACAGGAAUGGUGGACUACAGGGGAUUGGCGGACACAAGGAAACAGAUGAUGAGGGAUCACCGCCGCCAGCUGAGGAAGGUUGAAUCCCGUCAGAAGAAAGAGAAGCAGAAGAGUGACCGCAUCCUCAAGACCUUCCAGAGUGCAGUGGAGGCAGUAACACCACGCAGCUCCAUGGUCAUAUCUCCAGGGGCUGCCAAAGAGGAUUCAAGUGGCCCUCAGCACUUUUCUGCCACUCCUCUAAGCUCUUGGCACCACAUUGUCAUGUCCAACAGCAGUCGUUAUUCUGUCACUAAUCUGAGCAAUGAGUAUGUCCACCUGCCCAUGAUAGGAGGCACCACCCAUUACCGUCCCACCAGUUCCCCAGCCAUGCGCUCCUACUCCCAGCCAAACCUGCUGGAUGACUCUUCUUGCUCCGUUCAAGGCAAGUCCAUCUCUGCCCAGGGUAUACGCUCUGAUCCAGAGAUGGGCCACAGCAAGCUAAGCUCCACGGCUAACCACCUGACCAGAUCAAGGCCUGCUCUUAAUGUCAAGCAGCCAGAGCCUAAAGCCAAAACCAAGAAAGUAAAGAAAAAGAAAACUGUGAAACGUGUGAAUCAAAGCUCAAAGAAUCCCACACAAACUGUCAAGUGACUAUCAAACAUUAUACAAUGCUAUGAAAGACUGUUUUUUUUUCUGCUUCACACUGUUAGCAUCUUUGUUACACACAAUUUCUAAAUAAAAAUAAAAGUAGUAUUUGUCCUGCUUCUAAUCUCUAAAAAUCACAGUUGUGCUCUGUAUAUUCAGCAUUCGUCCCUCAAUCAACAGUUCUGUUCACCAGAUCUGUUUUCCUCUCCAACAGCCCAACCACCAUGAACUAUGAGUCAAGGGUGAUUCCUAGGGCUGGCAACAGAUUGUCCUACUCUAACUCCAACAAUCAGAACCUUGACUGUGCUGCUGAUAAAACUGGCCUGUGAGUGACCUAUGCUACAGAGGAGUCUGGUGGCCGAAUGGUCAUUGAUAAAAUAAACGAGCUUUCUUUUGGGGUUGAGGAGAUAUGGCAGACUAGUAUCUAUAACCCAGAUGUGCGCAAUGCCUUCAUGGUGUGUGACAUGAAGAAAUAUUUUACAAGUAUGACACCAAAACCAUACAAGAGAGCUAUAUUAGUGUUCCUUUUCAGAGGCCCCACAAUAAGUUUUCCAACCUGGACUACAAUCCCACUGACCAGAGACUCUGCAUGUACAAUGAUGACUACUAUGUUAACUACCAUUUGUGCUUUAACCACACAGCUGAAGUCACCAU